AGGCCCAUAACAUAGGCAGCUACACUUCUUUUGUGUCCAGCAUGGCCCUACAGAAGAUGGCGGAGCUGACCCCAGCCACUCCCCUAGAGAUGCAAAGCGUGGAGGGAUUCCCAGCACAGAUCUACCAGAAAUAUAAUGGAGAGAAGUUCCUGGCUGUGACUAGCAAGUACAGGCAGCAGAGAGACAGCUUGGUCAUCACAGAAUUUGAGGAGGAACCUGAAAGUUCCAGUACUGGCAGACAGGCAAGAGGCACUAAAAGAAAGGGUAAACGUAAUUUCAAUGCCAAGUCCAAGAGAUUCAAAGCAGCAAAUAAGUCAACAAAAACCAAUACAGGGGGUUCAUUUAAUCAGUUCUCCUAUAAUAAGAGUAAAUCUGGAGGGGGAAACAGAGCAGGGCAGAACAAGGCAAAGAAAGCUGGCACAGGAAGAAAACUUGGGAUGAUGCCUGACCCGACUCCAGGUCAGUGGAAAAGCACUGAUAACUUUUAUUGACUUUUAUGACUUAUAAUUGUGACUCAGAACUUUUUUCACCAUUAUAUCAAAACAAAUGAAGAGCAGGGUCUGCGUUUGAAAACAAUUUUCAGAAGUGAAUAAACUUUUAGUUUUAUAGUGGGCAUGUAAAGAAUAUAAGGAAAAAGUUGUUACAAAAGUGUAGUUACAAAAUGGUUGAGGAUACUGAGGAUCCGAUGCAAAGGGUAAUUUUAUUUUUAUUUUGCAUAUUUGAAAGGAUUGCUACAAGUGGUAAGCAGAUUCUUACUCACACCUAUUAUUUUAAAGAUAUCUGUCUGCUUUAUUUGAUUUUUAUUUACCAAAUUUUGUCACAAUAUUUCUGUCUGUUAUUUAUAUUGUAUGUUAUG